UCUUCAUAGCAGUAACAUCAUUUUAAUUUCUGGUGCUAAGUAAUCGCGAUUCCUUUAAAUCAAUCAAGCCGACUUUUGUGGAAGUUAUUUUAGUCAUUUCAACACCUACAACCGCUAUGAAUUAAAUCUUGUCAGUCAUUUUGCUUGAAUGUCAUUCUUUUGUAAGUUAUGAGUUGGAAUAUUAAAUCUGUCAAAUCAACUAGCCUACCUCUGACUCGCGUUUUUGACAAGUUCGGAGACAUAAUUUGCCAGCAGUGGAACGAAAGUCAACUCAUGAAAGUUCCAAAUGCAAAAAACCCACCGGUGGUCUGGAGUAGGCCACAAACUGCUCAAGAGAGUGAUACUUCUGAAGCUUUAAAAAAUAAUAUGAACAGUUUUCUGUACUUCAGCGACGAUGACGAGCCCUCGGAAAGGGUUAUGGCUUGUCAAGCCCUAGUGGAGAGGCUGGAGCAGGCUCUCCGUGAAGCCAAGUUUAUCCACUUGCAAUGCGGUGAAGUUCUUCUGCCACACGACCUCAUUUGGAGGAUUGCCGAUCAGGUGGUCACCGCAUCAGAAUAUGAACCCUGCGGUCUGAGGGGUUGUCUGAUCUACAUUCACCUCCAGGAUGCCAAAAAACUAGAACGACGAAGAGUGGGCAUUGUUAAAUGUGAUCCUAAUACUGUGGCCACUUUCGAAAUCCACCUAACUCUGUUCCAAGACAAUAACAGUUGGUGGAGUUUAAGGCAUCUACUUCCAGAGAAGCUUCUCCAGAGCUUGGGCAAACGUUCCAGCCUUGUCGUUAGCAAUUAUUUUCUUUUGGACAAAAAAAAGCUUUAUCGGUCCUCUAGCCAGUGAAAACUUAAAAAGUGUUGGACAGAAUUUCUCAUUUGAGUUCGUAGUUAUUGUAUUUUUAAUGGCAGCAUUUUGUUAAGUUUUCUUUUUCCAUGGUCUGCGCACCCCUCAAUUAAUUUCAAAGUAGACUUGUUCUUUUUCUUGUGCUUCUUCAGGUUUGGGAACAUUAUUGUAAUACUGCACUGGUGUAAAUUUAAAUAGUUUUGUGCCUAGACUUAGUCUUCUGGGGUUUCAUUGCUAUUGAAUAAUGCUAUCCAUGUACAAUCAAACAAGCUGCUUAAAAUUCAGAAAUUAUAAAUAAAAUGUACUGUGCUUAAAUUUAGUGAUAUAUGACCAGCUACAUUUUUUCAUCAUAUUAUUCAUAAUUUAUGUAAUAGAAAUUAUAAAUCAUUCUAAGUAGUUUGGUUUCUAUUUUUUCAUACCGGCGUGGGGUGCGUUAGCCGGCACGAGGAAUUGCUGCUUAAGAGUAAGGCUUAGUACCUGCGGUUGCUGCUGGAUGGCACCGCAGUAUAAAAAUGUUUUUAGUAACUGUCUGUGAUAGGUACAAACUUUAUUCUUCAUUUACUGAACAUCUGCUUUCCCAUCAAUCGGAUCGGUAACUUUCCACUUCUGUAAGUGAUUAAAUUAGAUGGCUUGAUGUUCAGAAACUAUGCAGCCAACUUGCAUGGUGAGGGGUAAAUUUUUAAAGUGUUUUCAGAAACAUUAUGGACCAGUUUUUCUUGUGGUUUUUAUUUUCUAUGUGCCAUCAAAUAUUCAACUGAUCCAGUAGCUUUAUUUUAGUGUGGAUCUUGUUACAAUGCAUUGAGUCUCAAAAACCACAGGUGAUAACUGUAACGCACAAAUUAAGCUUUAAUGAUUUAAUUCACAGUUAGUGGAAGUGUGCCUUUGUCUCAACCUCCUGUUAAUACUUAAAAGAAUAUGCACGUGUGUGAACUUCUUGGAUUUUCAAAUUCAAUGCAGGUAUCUGCAUUUUAUGAACCUGAUUUGACAAGGUUCUAUGUUGGAACCUUUUGUAGUUUGAACAACUCCAGUUUGAUCCUCUUACUACAGAAAUUUGUUAAAGUGACUAGCGAAAAUUGAGCUUUCCUUUCUAUUCUGAUUAUCCAGUUAAGACUUAUUGCAAUAUGACUUUUGCAACCAUCCAAUUAAAUGUGUCAAUUUUUUUGUUUAAUUUAAAUUUUUUUUACAUUCUUUAAAUUUCUUUUUAAAAUCUGAGAUCAAAUCAGGUUCACAUUUUAGAAAUCACAUAAAACCAUUCUGAAAUUGAAUUUAAAACUUCAUUUUAAUUAAAUUUUAUUGAACUUACUUGGAAAUAUUUCAUACCAGUAUGAUUUUUAAUAGUGAUGGAUUGUUUUUUAAUAUUCUUUUAAAAAAUUUAAAUCUUAAAGAAUAAGUUACUUUGAAGUUUAAUAUCGAUUUAUUUUAAGUGCAAUCUUUUUUUUUUUUUUUUUUUUGAGAAAUUUCUUUAUUUUCGGAAAGCAAUUAUUUAAGGACAUGUGUAUCGUAUUGACAAGCCAAAGAUAAAACUGAUUUUCACAUUUUCGCUGGAAUAUUGCUUGAUGAAAUUAAUAUUGUUUGAAGUGUAGCAAUCCAUUACUCUAAACAUAUUUAGUAAACGUUCAAACACGGCAUAUUUUUUAAAUUCUUGUGGUUUGAGAUGCUUUCCUGUUUCUUCAUUUGUAAAUUUCUUCUUCAUUUGAAAGCAUUAAAUUUUCAAUUUUGCUACUAUAGCAAAUGCAAUAAUUGCUUCAAACUGAUCUUGUGAUCCAUUCUAACUAUGCUGAAAAAAAGGAAGAGUUAUGCUUACUCUACUAGUGUUUUAAACACGUGAUUAAAGAAGCUGUGAAUCCUUUUAAAUAUAAUGUGAUAAAUUUUAUCAUUGGAAGUUCAACCAAGUAUUUUCAUUGUUAAGUGUAAUUUGAGUGCAAGCUGAGAUAAUUGUGUGAAUUCGAAGGAGUGAGUGAGUGAAUUAUUUUUUUGCAUUUUUUCUUCAUAACUGUACUGCAUUAAGAGUACGAACAGAAAAAUAAUCUAUUUAGAGUGAAUAAACAAAGACAUUGCUUCAGUUAUUUAUGCAUCAUCUGUUAUUUUAUUUAUUGUUAAGGUAAUUUUUUGUCAACUCAAUGACGAAUUUAGAAAAGGCCUCAUUUAAUAGUAGCUCAUUUAUGCAAAAUCUUGAAAAAAAUUUGAUUUGAGGGAGCAUAAGUUUUGAUUUAAAAUCAGUUGUGAAACUUAAUCCAUCUACUGAUUUAAAUUUGUAUGGAAAAGGAAUAUAAAAAUAUAGUAAGCUGAAUCAAAAAUAUUUAUUGAAAAACAUAAAAAAAGAAAUCAAAUUAAAUCCUUUUUCUUCCCACAGGUUCUUGUUAAAAAAAAAAAGAUUUGUAAUCACAACUGAACAGUGUAAAUAGUAGUUGUAGUUAAAAAUAUUUAAAAAAAAAAAUAGUUUAAUAUAACUGUUACUAACUUUUCUGGGAGGAAAAAGAAAUAAAAUGUCAGUAGGAUCGGUACCGUAUCAUAUCUGAAUUGUAAGCAUUUUAUGCCCCUUUUUUUUUCUUUAAAAUUGCAAGCUAAAAUUUGACGUUUUAAAAUGUCAUUAAGACAUUUGUUAUAACUGAAGCAAUGUUACAGCACCCUUAUUUUCAUCUAAUCAAAAAAUCCUAUAUAUUGUUAUGCACCUAGAUUAGUUUGCACCUAUUUCCUAACUUUUUCUAGGUGUUAAAAUGUUAGUUCUUUCUAAAAAAAUGAAGUAAACGAGGUUUCUUUUUCCUUAAAGUAUAGAAUUCACUUUUUUUGAAAGAAUGUUUCUGCUCACAUUUCAAGUGGCAUUUCUGAAAAUAUUUUUUCCCCUGUGAUCUUGCUGUGUGUAUGUUCAUAAAUGAGUAAAAAACAAAUAUUCUCUUAUAAAAAGAGAAUAGAAAUUUUGAAGAAAUUAUUUAAACCACCUUUUCACCAGCAUUUUAACUUUAAUGCUAGUCAAAUUGAUCUCUCCUUGUGCGUUUUCAACUGAAGGAAUUUUAAAAAGUCAUUUUAGUUGAUUUAAAGUGGUGACUUUUUUUUUGUAACAUUUUAAAGAGUACAACACAAGCUUAAAAUAAACCUAUAGGAGGUGCCUACAGGUCAUAUGUCUUCAAAACAGAAAAUAAAAAAAAGCGAAAAUAGGCGAAUGUUAUCCUAUCAAAAUUUUCAACUCCGUUUUUAUGAUCUUUAUUAAUUUUGUUCAAUUUUUAAGAAAAGCAGUCAUUGAAAGGCUGAUUUUAUAUCCUUUUUUAUUUUUAAAGCUUGGAAUAAUCUUUAAAAGUGGUUAAAAAAUAUUAAAAUUUUAUUUGAAAUGCUUGCUGCAUGUUUUAAAUGAUUGAUCUGAAGUAUUUAUUAAAAAUUAUUUGCAAGCAUUGUUAGCAUUUUGAACUUAAUUCAAAUGACCUUACGCUUGGUUGAAUCCAUUUAAAGAUUAAUUUUUUUUUAAAUUUAACAAUUUGAUUAUUUAAAAAGAUAUUAGCUGCAAAUUGAUAAAUUUACCUAAAGAAUAUUAGUAAAUUUAGAAUCACGAUCAUAGAAAGCAUUUAAUGUAAAAGCCAUUAAACAUCCUGUGAUACUCUUGUAGACACCUUUAUAUGUAACUGAUGUGUUAGAAUUAAAAGCAAGUUAUUAAUUCCUGUUUCACGAAAUUUCAUCUUACAAAAAACAUAACACAACUGUGUUGAAGUCUAGAAAUUCAUUGUAUAUAAUUUUUUUAACAUAAUUUUAGUUGAAAUAUGUAUUUGUCAUUGGUAAAAAAAAUUACCAAUAUUCCCGGUAAAAAGUGUAAUCUUGAAAGAAAAUUGUAUUGUGUCUGUUUAGUUAUUCUUUGAAACACUUUUUUUUCCAUCUCCUUAUUGAUAUUUCCAAAAGUACAUUUCUUUGAUCAUUCCUGAUUUGUUUCAGUUUUUGCAUCACAAUAUAAAAUAUUUAGUUUAGACCAGAGAUAAGGUUGUGUACUCAUGUAGAUUUCUUCAGGUAUUACACCCUGUUUAGUAUUUAGAAGUUAGUAAUCCAUUUUUUUUCUCUUAAAAACCAAAGCUCUGAAUGUUGCAUGUGUAUUUACAAACAAGGUGUUCAGGAGAUAACUUUUCUGUAUUUUUUGUUUUGUUGGCUAAAUGCUUGGAAAUUUUGAUGUGCUUGUAUGUGUUAUUGGAUGAACAACUUUUGUAUGUGUUUUAUAUUUUAUAAGAAAAAAAAAUAAAAAGAAUUAUUUCAAGA